AUGGUAGCAUUCGAUAAGCUGAAGAUCGCCUUGACUCAAGCUCCAAUUGUGAGAGGACCAGACUGGAGCCAGCCCUUUGAGAUUUUGUGUGAUGCCUCCAACGAUGCUGUGGGAGCGGCACUGGCCCAGCACGCAGUUAUUCUAGGAUUAGAUUUGUUGUCUAAGUAUCAUGUUUUCCUUGAUUUCUUUGAAAGAACUGCUGUUAUUUCGUCUGAUAGUUUAGAUAUUAAACCAUUUCUGUCUCAUACUUUAUAUCUGAAUUCCGUAAGAGUUACCUUAGAUGGGAGUGAUUGUGAGGGGUACGUUCUGUUAGCGGCUAGCUCGAAUGAUAGUGAAUUAAGCUUAGAACGAAUCCAAAUGGUGAAAGAAUUCUCUGAUGUUUUCUUGGAUGACAUACCUAAGUUUCUUCCUCAGCAAGAGAUAAAAUUCAGCAUUGAUCUAGUACCUGGAACCGGACCGAUUUUCAUAGCACCGUACCGGAUGUCACCAUUGCUUGCAGAGCUGAAGAAGCUAUAA